CAGCGCCCUCUCUGUCCCCGUCGCGUCCGCCGCCCGUCCCUGCCGCUAGGGGAGUGGCUGCAGAGUCUGAGCAUCAGUCGGCCGGUCUGUCUGUCUGUCUGCCUGUCUCCACACCUCCAGUGCACUCACCGGCCUUUUGUGCACGUGGGGGAAGCCCGGACCCCUCUUUGUUCUGGCUGGGGGUGUGGAUGAGUGUGUGCACGCGCGCCGGGGAUAUAUUUUAGAGGGUGGGAGCUCCAUGGAAUCGGACGGCUUAUAUAUUCCAUCGGGAUGACCCCGGCUCUGGACUGUGGCUGCAGCCGGCGUGCGGUGCUCCAGCGGCCAGAUGGCAAGUAGCUGCGCGUUCUGGGCUGCGGGAGAGGAUGGAGUGUGUCUCCCGCACUUCAGCACACAGACCGCGCCGCCCCUGGGGGCCUGCCUCACUGGCAGCCGUGUUUUGAGGUCCUUUCCUGUGUUUUCCCAAGUGCCACACGGCAUUUUUCAUAGUGAGUCUUAAAUCACGGAGACUUUGGCUUUUGUUUUAUUUCAUCACAGUUUGUCAUUCACGAAGCUCGUGGCAUUUGCUAGCGGUGUUUGAAGAGGGGCUGGCUGUCUUUUUGUGUAGUUCUGCAUGAUCUUGGACUGUCCCCCUGCUGUGCCUGUCCAUUAAAAGACUGUCUUUUUGUUGAAGAGGACGGGGUUAAAAUGACCGGAGACCCGCAGGCCAAUCUCAGCGGCUUGCUCCGGGGUUACUUAGAUGCGGGUGCUCCUGUGGAGAACGUCUCCGCUGCCGUCUCCUCCCAGGUUCCCGCUGUGGAGCCAGAGCCGGAGCUCGUGGUGAACCCCUGGGACAUUGUCUUGUGCACCUCAGGAACUCUCAUCUCCUGUGAAAAUGCCAUCGUGGUCCUUAUCAUCUUCCACAACCCCAGCCUCCGAGCGCCCAUGUUCCUGCUGAUCGGCAGCCUGGCUCUGGCAGACCUGCUGGCCGGCGUUGGACUCAUCAUCAAUUUUGUGUUUGCCUACCUGCUUCAGUCGGAAGCCACCAGGCUGGUCACCAUUGGCCUCAUUGUCGCCUCUUUCUCUGCCUCUGUCUGCAGCUUGCUGGCCAUCACCGUGGACCGCUAUCUCUCCCUGUAUUACGCUCUGACAUACCAUUCGGAGAGGACAGUCACCUUUACCUAUGUCAUGCUUAUCAUGCUCUGGGGGACCUCCAUCUGCCUGGGACUGCUGCCCAUCCUGGGCUGGAACUGCCUCCGGGACGAGUCCACCUGCAGUGUGGUCAGACCUCUCACCAAGAACAACACGGCCAUCCUCUCCAUCUCCUUCCUCUUCAUGUUCGCGCUCAUGCUUCAGCUCUACAUCCAGAUCUGCAAGAUCGUCAUGAGGCACGCCCACCAGAUAGCCCUGCAGCACCACUUCCUGGCCACCUCGCACUAUGUGACCACCCGGAAAGGGGUCUCCACCCUGGCCAUCAUCCUGGGGACCUUUGCUGCUUGCUGGAUGCCUUUUACCCUCUAUUCCUUGAUAGCUGAUUACACCUAUCCCUCCAUCUACACCUACGCCACCCUCCUGCCCGCCACCUACAAUUCCAUCAUCAACCCUGUCAUAUACGCGUUCAGAAACCAAGAGAUCCAGAAAGCCCUCUGCCUCAUCUGCUGCGGCUGCAUCCCAUCCAGCCUCUCCCAGAGAACGCGGUCCCCCAGCGACGUGUAGCAGCCUUCCAAUGACAGGAUGCUGCUCACCCAAUGCUGCAUCUACCAAGCACUUCCACUGCCUGGUGACCGGUCCAGAUGCUUUCCUUAGAUUCUGUAUGCGGGAUUCUCUUUGGAGCCACAGAAACAUUUAGCAUUCGUGAAACUUUCAUUCAGAUCAGUUAAGUGAUUGGAAUGAAAAUAAUGUUACCUGUGUUUUCACACUUUUAAAAAAAUUGUUGAGGUCUUUGCUCAACAUUUUGUUG